CCGUCCAUGUGGACAAUUCUAAAGUAUAUGUAAAAAGACAGAAUUACACAAGGAUUAAAAAAUGGAUGGUUCUGUAAAACUGAUUUAAAUUAAUUGUAACAUAAAAUAGUGUUAAUUGUAGAUAACUCUAUGCAUACAUAUAUAAAUUAAAUUGCGAUAUGUAUGUUAUCUGCUCACUCGUUAAGCCAUGGCUCAAUCAGUUCACAGAUGGUGACUUAUUUUAGAUGAUAAUGGAACUCUACGGAGAACUGAGUACAACAACAAAUUUUAUUUACAUAUACUUGUACAUAUGUAUGUUUUAAGGUAAAAUUACACGUACAUCGAACAAUCCCGCAUUCUUCUACCUGAAUAUCGCUGUGAAUACCAUAUAUGUAUAUGGAUCGGAAUGUGUUAUAUCACAAUACAUUUAAACGGGAAUAUUUUGCUUAGCCCAAUGUAGAAAUAUAUAAGAAUAUAAUAUAUAUGUAUAAAAAUAUAUUAAAAUAAUAUGUUUAAUAAUAACUCGCAGUGAAAUUCCAUUGCUCUUGCCUUUGUACAAUUUUUUUGUAAUAAGUACUAAGUAUUUGUAUUAUAUUUAACUAUUAAAUAUUUACACAUCCAACAAUCUUGGAGCCCGCUAUGUGGCCAGCAUGAAAUUGUCUUAUCAAUAUGAAUAAAAAGCCUCACGUUUGAUUCAAUGGGAUCCAACUUUCACAAUUAAAUAGCCAACGUUAUCAAAUGAGCACUUCAGCAUUUAUCUUAAAUGGAUAAAAAAGCGAGAAAGGCUAAUCUAAUGCCAAUUGCGUGUACGAAAUAGUAAAUCACAGAUUAAAUUACUAAGUCUCAUAGAGUUAGCUGAUAGCAACCACAACUGUGAAAUAAAUAAAAAUCUCUGUUCGUCACGAACAAAGUCACACAAAAUGAGCGCGUCACUGUGUGAAGAAGGGGCCUACAAAAUCGCUGCGCCAGAAAAUAAGCAAGCGAUAAAGCCAAAUGAGGAAGAACGCCUGGUCGAUCAACAACAGGAUAAUGCAGGACAAUGGACCAAGCAGCUGGCCUUUGUUGGAUACGGUGCAACCAUAGGUUCAGCAAUUCCUGCGGGUUAUUGCGUUGGUGUGAUGAAUAGUCCUGCAAAGUUUAUGCGCAGUUGGUGUAAUCAAACGCUGAUAGAGCGUUAUGACUGGCACCUGGGAGAAAUGGGUAACAAUAUUUUAUGGUCAACGAUUGUUUCGAUUUUCUUAGUUGGCGGUGCAAUAGGAUCUCUUACAGGAGCAAAAGUGGCCAACCGUUUCGGAAGGCGUAGGAGUUUUCUCUACUGCGGUGUGUUCUUUAUCAUCUCAGCUAUGCUUUUCUACACUUGCCGCAUGCUUCGUUCGGUGGAAGCGCUUAUUAUUGCCCGUUUUCUGGCGGGCCUAGCAUCAGGUUUAACAACGGCGUGUUUGCCUAUGUACCUGUCAGAAGUAGCACCACUAUCGAUGCGCGGUGUUUUAGGUGUCUUCUGUCCGAUGGGCCUAACCGCCGGCGUUGUCAUAUCACAAAUAUUCAGUUUACGAGGCGUCUUCGGUAAUGCUGAUCAAUGGCACUUAGCGAUCAGCCUUUAUAUUGUUCUAGUGUUAAUAUGUUAUGCACCUAUGAACUGUUAUCUAGAAAGUCCGAAAUGGUUAUACAUUAUGAAAGGCGAUAAAGUUGGCGCGCGACAACAACUAGAAAAGUUACGUGGAAACGUUACUGAGAAUGCGAUUAAUAGAGAGAUUUUGGAGAUGGAAGCUGAAGCGAAUGCAAAAAAUCAAGUCAGCAGUUAUAAGGCCGUGCUUAGUGAUCCUAAGCUCCGCUUACCAUUGAUCAUCGUUUGUGCUUAUCAAGGCGGUCAACAAUUGUCUGGUAUUAACGCUAUUUUUUACUAUUCGGUCUCUAUUUUUCUGAAAGCUGGGUUAUCUGCGACUGCUGCCGAGUGGACUAAUUUAGGUGCUGGUAGCCUUAAUUUGGCAAUAUCAUUAAUUGGGCCAUAUUUAAUGGCCCGCUUCAAUCGUCGUCCACUUUUUCUUUUCUCAACGUUUUUUAGUGGAGUCUCUUUGAUGGCAUUUGCACUAUUGCUCUACUUUAUUGACUAUGUCCCUUGGUUCGCAAUGGGUUGCAUCGCUUGCAUAUUUCUUUAUAUUUUCUUCUUCCAGUUUGGUUUGGGUCCCAUUCCAUUUUUCAUUGGAUCUGAACUCUUCGAAGUGGCUCCACGCCCAGCUGCCAUGGCUCUUGGAAGUGUUUCCUCUUGGGUAUGUAAUUUCAUUGUGGGCAUGCUCUUUCCAACACUACAAGAAUUAUGGGGCUCUUUGGUGUUCAUACCUUUCUCCUUGGUCUGCACUUUGCUUUUCAUACUGACCAAACGCUAUUUACCGGAAACAAAAGGGCGCGAUCCAUCGCAUGUUGUACAAUUGGUGGCGAAUGGUUUUAAAUCGAAUAUACAUGAAGGCAAAUAAUUAAAACUUAAGCUUAUGUAGAUACAUUUGAGCAUAUAAUAAGCAUUGCUUAUUAUACUUAUAUAUUACAAACUAAUUUUUUUAAGUUAAAGA